AAAAAUUUCAAACCUUUUUUUUAUAGCUAGUUUAAUUAAUUAAGUUUAAAGCAUGUCUCUAAACAAGUUGGAGAUUAAUAUAAGAACAUUAUUAGGAACGUGUGAAGUAUUGUCAAAAGAUGAGGAUCAAAAGUGGAGAUUAACACAUUAUAUUAAAAGUUUAGAUUUAAUGAUUAAAGAGCUGGAAGAUUUUGAUACAGCAGAUAAGAAAACUAUAGCCAAUUAUCAAGAAAAGAUACUUGAAUUAAAAACCCAAAUUAAUUACGUGGAACCUCCACAAAAGCAAAAAUUACGAAGUCGAAAAGAUGACAGUAGUGAAACGAUAUUAAAGGAAAUAAAACAAUUAAAUAAUGCAAAGUAUAAUAGAGAAUUGCGAAAAGAGUUAUUUGAUGGAGAUGAUAAUUCUGGUCUACGAAGAAGAGGUGCCAAUGAAAGUGCUGAAAAUAUGGAAAAAUAUUAUGAAAAUAUACAGGAGAAGCUAGGCGAAGAAAUGAUAGCAUUAACGAGAAAUCUCAAGGAACAAACUCUUGCUGCUAGUGAUAUCAUAAAAAAGGAUACAGAAGUAAUAACGCGAUCAGCAAGACUUACACACCAAAACAUUGGGUCAUUAGAAAAAGAAUCAAAGAAACUAGAUGAUCAUACGCGGAAAGCUUUAAAUGAGAGAGAUAUUUGUAAUUCAUUGCUGGUUUCAACUAAAUGGCACGAAUAUAUUGGAGGUAAAGAAUUUUGCAUGGACAAAUUAAGGUUGAGGAUAGAAGGAUGGCAAGAUUUAGAAAUAAUUUCAAAAUUGUUGAUGAACAAUUCGAGAAGAUAUCGUGCGAUUGUUUUAAAUAAUUUGAAUCCCUCAAAAGACUUUCCCUUUAUUAAAACCCACAAUUGGAAGGAUGUAAGAAUUCAACAAAUGAGAUUUAUGUCAACUUAUGUAUUUUACAAAUAUAUAGCACAGUUUGGAAGUAGUUUAGAGGUACUCGAUCUGGAGAAAAUAAUUAUUGUUAACGGCGAAGAUACUUCAAAGGAUUCACUAAAUCUUCCUAAAAUAAGGAAACUAGAUCUAAAACAAGUGCCAACUACAGCAUUUCAAGUAUUUUCUAGAUAUCCAACACUCACAUCGCUACAUUUUGAUAUUCCUGCAUUUGGAACACAAAGUCGUUCAUUGAUUAUCAAUUUUUUUGAGAAUUUUAAGCAUGUCAAUAUAGAGAAAUUAUCAAUUUGUCGAAAUUCGCUUUAUGGCUUAUCAUCAGAUGCCUUGGCAUCCAUUGAAUCAAUUAUAAUCUCAAUAGCUAAGAGGUUAAAAAUGAUAGAAUUACAAGAUUGGGGAUCGUGUCAUACUUUUGAGAGACUGUUUAAUAAGCUUAAAGUGUCACACUUUUCAAUUAAUUUUGUUUCUCAUCAACCAAGAAUACAAGAUUUAAAUAAUUUGAAGCCGAAUAAUAAUUUGACUGUUUUGGAAUUAUCACUGCUCAACUUACCUGAAAUUGUGUGGUGUCAAAAUCUCUUUUUAUUAACUCCAUGCCUAAAGUAUCUCUUCAUUACGAAAAUAAGAAAGGAGAUUGUCUAUCACGCUGCCUAUAGCUUAAAAAUGUUGGAAUUUUUUUCGUACGCUUCUUGUGUAAUAGACAUAGCUACGGAAUUUAAUGAACACGAAUAUGAUGAUGUAGAAACGAUCGAAAUGGAAGAGGGAAAAGACCUUGGAGAUGAAUAUGAUUAUAUUGGCAAGGAUGAAAUUUUUGAUCUUAAUGGCAUUACUACAACAAGAUCUUUGGUUAUUAAGCGUUAUUCAGACUUUAAUUCAAACAAAGAAAUGGCAUUAUUAAGUAGUUUUAAUGAUUCCUUCCUUCCCGGCGAUAGUUUUAUCAAUACAAGCGGACCAAUCAGUUCGUUACCAUCAAAAUAUACAACAAAUUGUGUCAAGCUACAUGCAUAUCCGGAUAUUAACAUAAGCAAGGAAAUCUUUAAUUCUCAUAUAUCACAACAAGAUCAUCUGAUCCUACCAGUACAGGAGACUUUAAUCAAGAAAUUCACACAGACAUUGAUCGAUGAAGGAUUAAAAUGCUCACUGGAAGUACUCGAAAAAUCAGAAUCGGCUGUUCUUUCAGGCAUGUCUAAAGGACUAUUAAAAGUUAUGAGCUAUGGAAAUCGAUUGAAAAUAUUUAUGAAUCCAUAUAAAAAGGAGAUUCCGAUUGAUGAAUAUGAUAACUAUACAGAAACGCGUAAUUGGAGAACAUCGCCUAUACGUUUUAUUGCAUAUCAUCCGCAAUGCUUUAAAAUUGCUGUUGCUAGUGUUGACGAUUCAAUAAGAAUCUAUAAUGACAAAAGUUCUAUCGUAACGGUUUUAAAGAAUGCAAAACAAAAAUCAAUUUUCGCACUAGCUUUUCGUCCAUACAACUUUUCCUCUUUAGUUGUAGGAUGUUCAAGUGGGGUGCUGAUUUGGACAAUCGAUCCAAAUUCAAAUAUGACCCGACCAUUAUCGCAAGCAGUUCUUUGCCGUCAUGAUAAUCAUUUUCCAGUAACAUCACUUGAGUUUAAUUAUAAUGGAAAUUUAUUAGCAACAGCCAGCAUUAAUGAUACAUCAAUUUUAAUAUGGGAUAUCGAUAAAAAUAUUUGUGUACCUUUGAGGAGAUUUUCUGUUCCUUUUUUGAAGCUGCAAUGGAGCUUAAAUGGAUCAUACUUAUUUACUUCAACUGUUGGAAAUAUAUUUCGAGUAUGGGAUUGUGAAAAGUUAAAAUCAGACCGAUGGACUAUAUCUGGUGGACAUAUUCAAUCAUUUCAAUGGUCGCCUUGCGCAAAGUUUUUACUAUUUGUUACCUCAAAAGAUCCUGUUUUGUAUUGUCUUGGAUUUGCUGACGAACCAUUAUUUAAUAAAAGUAAUGAACACGAAAUACAUAGAGCACUACCAAUUGCCGAUCUUUCAAAAGUCACAAGCGAACACAAUGAAUCAUCUGGAGGAAUUGCUCAGCAAAUCGCUUGGAAUGGAAAAUAUCUAGCUAUAUCAUUUAAGGAAUCAAAUCAAAUUGCUGUUUUUCAAACGACUAUUCGCCAGCAUCAAUUACUCGUCCUCCCAAUGUUUUUCAUUUGCGGUUUAGGUGCCAUAGAAUAUCCAUCAUUUAUUGCUUUUCAACCAUUCUAUAAGAAUAAUUCCUCUUUUAUUGAUCAGGUUUUGACAAUUGGAUGGUCUGGUGGAAGAGUUCAAUUUUAUCCUUUUGUAUAAAUAUAAUUAGAAUUAAU